GCCUAUUAAAAUUUUUUAAUUGUGGAACAAAAUAUGUUGUCUCGUUUCAAACUAUGGCAAUCUUUAAUCAUUAUCAAUAAUACACGACAAACAAUGUUUUCAAUAGCAAAAAAAUCUUUGAAUGAUUUGAUUUUCGACAAUCAAACAUUGAAAUGUUUGCCCAUCGAUCAUGUUGAAGAGAAUUAUGUUCGAACUGUGAAAAAUGCUUGUUAUUCAUUAGUCAACCCUACUCCUUUAGAUAAUCCUCGAUUGGUUUGUUAUUCAUCAGAUGCUCUUCGUUUGUUAGAUUUGAAUUCCGAUUCGAUAGAUGACGAUGAUUAUUUUAUUAAUUGUUUUGCCGGAAAUACACUGAUUCCUGGUUCUCAACCAGCAGCACAUUGCUAUUGUGGUCAUCAAUUUGGUGUGUUCGCUGGACAACUUGGUGAUGGUGCAGCAAUUUACUUGGGCGAAGUUAUUAAUUCUCGUCAAGAACGAUGGGAAUUACAAUUGAAAGGUGCUGGACCAACUCCGUUUUCACGUGAUGCUGAUGGUCGAAAAGUUUUACGAUCAAGUUUACGUGAAUUUUUAUGUAGUGAAGCCAUGCAUAAUCUUGGAAUUCCUACCACAAGAGCUGCUACUUGCAUAGUAUCAGAUACAAAAAUUGUACGUGAUCAAUUCUAUGAUGGUCAUCAAAAGUUGGAACCUUGUGCUGUGAUUUCGAGAAUCGCUCCAGCAUUUUUAAGGUUUGGAUCUUUUGAGAUUUUUCGCAAACUAGAUCCAUCUUCAGGUUGUUGUGGUCCUAGUGUCGGAAAUCGUGAAUUAUUGCAGACGAUGAUCGAUUUCACAAUCAAAUCUUAUUUUCCUAAUAUAUUCAGCUCGAGUGAAUCACCUGUAGAAAAAUAUAAAAGUUUCUUUUGUGAUGUUGUUAAGCGAACUGCUAAACUUGUUGCCCGUUGGCAAGCAUUUGGAUUUGUACAUGGUGUUCUUAACACGGAUAACAUGAGCAUUUUAGGCUUGACAAUCGAUUAUGGUCCAUUCGGCUUUCUAGAUCGUUUCGAUCCUGAUCAUAUAUCAAACACUUCUGAUCCUGAUGGACGUUAUAGUUUUAAAAAACAACCAGAAAUUUGUUUAUGGAAUCUAUUGAAAUUUGCCGAAGUUUUAGACUCACUAGUCCCUUUCGCUGAGUUGAAAACAAUCGUAAAAGAUUCUUAUUACAAAACUUUUUCAAAUGAAUAUAUUGAUUUAAUGAGGAAAAAGUUGGGUCUGUUCAAAAAAAUUACCGAAAAUUUGAAUGACGAAGAAAUUUUAAGUGAUAAAAAACUUAUUGAAAAAUAUCUAGAAACACUUGAUCUUGUUGGUGGCGAUUACACCAAUUGUUUUCGAAAUUUAAAUAUUUUAAUCAUUCCUGGAUUGGAUGGGCAUGAAAAUAGUAUGGAACAAUUGCAAAACAAAUUAAUGGAACAAUCAAGUAGUUUUGAAGAAGCCAAAACAUUCUAUAAAAGAUUUCUUCAUUCUCCUAUGGUUUAUAUGAAUGUAAUUUUGCUACAAAAUUUUCAGAAUCACUCUGAUAAUGAAAAUGUCAUAUCAAUGCUACAAAAACUUGAACGCUACAAACAUUUGAAUGAAAUAGAUGAACACGAAUAUUUAGAACAAUGUCGUAAAAAUUGGAAUGAAUGGAUUUCUGCCUAUAUCAAACGAAUUGAAUUCGAAACAAAAGAAUUUUCUGACAAAGAUGAUCUAAUCAAGUAUGAUAAUGAACGUAGAGCUUUAAUGAAUUCUGUGAAUCCUCGAUACGUUUUGCGCAAUCAUUUAGCACAAAAAGCCAUCGAAAAGGCUGAACAAGAAAACUUUGACGAAGCUAGACGGCUACUUCAUGCAUUGGAAAAACCAUUUAAUGAAAAUCCAGAUUUUGAUGAUUAUACUGAACGUCCUACAUCCUCAAUGUGUACUCUUCGAGUUUCCUGUUCCUCGUGAUAAUAAUUUUGUUUUUUUUUAUUAUAUAUUUUA